GUCCUGACCCUGGUCUGUUAUUGCAGUCCUGCUCGCUGCCGGUCUGCAUACCUCAGUCUUUCCUGAUGCCUGUGUCGCUGUUCAGGCACCGUUUGCCGGUGUUGCACCCUAGAUGAACAACUUUGGGGCCACUGAUAUGGUUAGAUAAUUGUUCUCCAUUUAUUUGUGUGUUACAGUGAGUUCUAUGCUUACUUGGCAGAGGCGUGCACAGCUUAGUUCAAGAUUGGUACAUGUGGAAAGUACAGAUUGGCUGAAGGUGAUGUGUGUGGUACAGAUAGGUUAACUCUGCAAUAACAGCCUGUAGAGUCAGCCCCUUGCAGCUGGCAUGACCUGCCCCCUGCAGCUGCAUGUGGGGGGUGUUAUCCACCGCCUGGUUUCCUGCCUCCGAGAUGGAUUCAAGGACACUUUGCAGUGUAAGAGCAGUGACCUCAUCCCUCACUAGCAUGGCCUCACAGCAGCACCUAGACAAGAGCUGGGAGGAGAAGCAGCACCCAGAGAGUAAGAUGGAGCAGGCAAAGUGCAGCCUGAUGAAAGAGGAGAAGAAAGAUUUCAAGACAGAGGAUGAGAAGGCUGAGGGGAAUGAUGACUGUGAUGAUGUUGAGUAUGAGGAGGAUGAUGAGGGUGGAGAUGACCAAGAUGAGCACAAGGAGGAGAAUGGUUUGAUGUUAGCCCCCUCUGUGCCAGUCAAGCAGCUGCUUCAGUGCCCUGAGUGUGGAAAGAGCUUCACACGGCGCUCGAGGCUCAUUGAGCAUGGCCGAACUCACACUGGCGAGAAGCCCUUCAGCUGUGCUGACUGUGGCAAGGGCUUCACAGUGCGCUCAAGCCUCAUUAGACACCACCGAUCUCACACUGGUGAGAAGCCCUUCAGCUGUGCAGACUGUGGCAAGAGAUUCACAGUGCGCUCAAACCUCAUUUCUCACUGCCGAAUCCACUCGGGCGAGAAGCCCUUCAGCUGUGCAGACUGUGGCAAGCGAUUCACACGGUGCUCACAUCUCAUUAGACACCACCAAAUCCACACUGGAGAGAGGCCUUUCAGCUGUGCUGACUGUGGCAAGAGAUUCACACGACACUCACACCUCACUAGACACCACCAAAUCCACACUGGAGAGAGGCCUUUCAGCUGUGCUGAUUGUGGUGAGAGCUUCACACAGCGCUCACAGCUUAUUGUCCACCUCCGAACCCACACGGGUGAGAAGCCCUUCAGCUGUGCUGUCUGCAGCAAGAGUUUCGCUCACAAGUCUGCUCUCACCGAACACUGCCAUGUGCACACCACUGAGAAGUCCUUUAGGUGCAGGGACUGCAGCAAGAGUUUCAAAACCAGCCACAGCCUCACCAUCCACAGACGCACCCACACCAGAGAGCACCUGUACCCCUGUGCAGAGUGCGGCAAGAGCUUCACCACCAGCUCACGUUUCAUCCAGCACAGACUCAUCCACAGCGGUGAGAAACCCUACAGCUGCAGGGACUGCGGCAAGAGCUUCACCCACAUUUCCGCCCUCACGCAGCACCAUCAUGUCCACAGUGGUGAGAAGCCCUUCACCUGCUCUGACUGUGGCAAGAACUUCAUUCAUAUCUCUGCCCUCACCCGGCACCGUCGUGUCCACACUGGUGAGAAGCCCUUCACCUGCUCUGACUGCGGCAAGAGCUUUACCCACGGCUCCUCCUUUACCUGGCACCGUCGUGUACACAGUGGUGAUAAACCCUUCACCUGCUCUGACUGUGGCAAGAGCUUUGCCUGCAGAGGCAGUCUCACUUCCCACCGCCACUCUCACACUGAGAAGUCUUUCACUUGCUCCGAUUGCAGCAGGAGCUUCAGUCACAGCUUUGCUCUCACCCAGCACCGUUGCAUACGCAGUGGUGAGAAGCCCUUCAUCUGCUCCGACUGCGGUAAGAGCUUCACACAAAGCAGCAAUCUCACUUCCCACCGCCGCACCCACAGUGGUGAGAAGCCCUUCACGUGCUCUGACUGUGGCAAGAGCUUCAGGCAAAGCGGCCAUCUCACUUCCCACCGCCGCACCCACACUGGUGAGAAGCCCUACACCUGCUUUGCCUGUGGCAAGAGCUUUGCCCGCAAAGACAGUCUUGCUUCCCACCGCUGUACCCACACUGGUGAGAAGCCCUACACCUGCUUUGCCUGUGGCAAGAGCUUUGCCCGCAAAGACAGUCUUGCUUCCCACCGCUGUACCCACACUGGUGAGAAGCCCUUCACCUGCUCUGACUGCACCAAGAGCUUCACCUGCAGAGGUCAUCUCACUUCCCACCGGCGCACCCACACUGGUGAGAAGCCCUUCACCUGCUCUGAAUGCAGCAAGAGCUUCACCCAAAGCAGCCAUCUCACUUCCCACCACCGCAGCCACACGGGUGAGAAGCCCUUCACCUGCUCCAGCUGUGGCAAGAGCUUCACCCGCAGAGGCAGUCUCACUUCCCACCACUGUACCCACACUGGUGACCAACGCAUGCUGCAGGGCAAGCGCAAAUAACCCCACCCCAGGUCUGUUGGGGUAAUUGUGCCCCCACCCUGAGAAGGCCUUUCCAGCAGGUUGACCCAAAUUCUCCUCUUUUCCAGCUGCAUUUCUCAGAGGCUGGGGGCUCCAGCAGGAACAAACACCUCCUGCCCUGCUGAGUACUAAUCGGUGCUGCUGAGAAUCAUUACAGUGCUGAGUCAGCACAAACAGCUGCCAUUGGAGCUGGGCUGAGCUGUGCAGGGAUUUGUCUGGUUCUUCCCCCCUAUUCUUCAUGACUCCUUGGGGUAAAACCCCCUCUGCCCCAUGCCCAGGUGUGUCAAUAAAAGCCCAAAGUGACCCAAA